CCUUUGGCGCGGUCGUGGCGGUGCGGUUGCUGGUGUGCGCUGUGCGGUGCUGCUGCUGCUGCUGGUGGUGCGGACCGUGGAGCGCGGCCGGAGCGGGUCUCGGCCGGAGUGUGUCAGUCGGUUAGCGAGUCCUGUCCGGCGUUGCUCGACGCACACGUUGCGGGUGUAUGACACUGCGGCGGCGGCGGCGAGCCGAUAGCGAGCCGAUAGCGCAGACCGUGAGUCAGAUCGGUAGCCGCCGAGGAGAGGGUGCGGUAACGUCGUCGGUGGGUCCCCGCUGCUCCAUCUCGUCGUCGUCGGUGGCGGCGCGUCUGCUGAUCGCACGCUCUGUACUGGUCCAUGUGCUCCGCUGACUAAAAUGCUCAUCAAGGAAUUCCGUGUCACUCUGCCCGUCACAGUGGAAGAGUAUCAAGUAGCUCAACUGUAUUCUGUAGCGGAAGCUAGUAAAAAUAACACGGGCGGCGGAGAGGGCAUUGAAGUAUUGAAGAAUGAACCGUUUACGGAUUAUCCGUUGCUCGGUGGAAAGUACUCGUCAGGCCAAUAUACAUAUAAGAUUUAUCACUUAGCUAGUAAAGUGCCUGCUUUCAUUCGCAUUUUACUGCCAAAGAACUCGUUGGAGAUCCACGAAGAGGCUUGGAACGCUUAUCCCUAUUGUAAAACAGUCAUAACUAAUCCAGGGUAUAUGAAGGACAACUUCAUGAUUAUGAUAGAGUCCUUUCAUAUUGGCGAUGUCGGCAAUCAGCAUAACGUUCACGAAUUGCCGCCCGACAAGCUUAAGAUCAGAGAGGUAGUGCAUAUAGAUAUUGCCAAUGAUCCGGUCGCUAAUGCCGAUUACAAGGAGGACGAGGAUCCGUCGAAGUUCAAGUCCCAGAAGACGGGACGGGGGCCUCUCGUCGGCAAAGACUGGAAGCAUAAUGUUCAACCUGUGAUGACGUGCUACAAGCUAGUCACUUGUGAAUUCAAAUGGUUCGGUCUGCAGACUCGCGUCGAGGGGUUCAUUCAGAAGGCGGAACGGCGCCUGUUCACCAAUUUCCAUAGGCAAGUGUUCUGCUGGAUAGACCGUUGGUACGGUUUAACCAUGGAGGAUAUUAGAGCAAUCGAAGACAAUACGAAAGAAGAAUUAGACAGGCAAAGACAUCAAGGUGAAGUACGGGGUAUGCGAGCUGACGAUUGAGGCUUCGAUAGCUUCUAUUAUGAACGGUUAAAUCAAUUUCCUUAUACAUGUCAAGACAAAUACAGACGCAUACCUACAGAUGUACACCCUGUUACGCUCUGUCAUAGACGAUUCCACAGGAUUCGGACGAUUUCUGGAAUUUACGUGUCUAGAUUCAGUGUCUAUUACAAAUUACUUACUAUUUUAAUUUAUUUUACAUUUACAAGCGUUUUAGAUAAAUGUAUCUACAGUCAAAGAUUAUUAUAAUGUAGUUAUUAUUAUAAAAAAAAAGAGACAAAUGGAAGGAAUCAGAAUCAUCUCUGGUUCUCUUGGUUAAUGCAUAAUUAUGAAAAGAAUCUGGUUUCGUGAAAACCGUCAUAGAUAAAAAAAAUUAUGAUUACUUAACAGCAGUUCGUAGUUCGAUAAUAAUAGAUAUUGAAGUUCAAUUAACGAGGAAAAUGCUUGCUGCGGAGUACGUAAAGGAAAAAAAAAACACGAAGGAAAUAUGUGAUUUAACAUCGCGAGUUUGAUCGUAGUUAAAUAGUUAAAAAUUCCACAGUUUAAUAUAUUAAUGUACAAUUGAAAAUCUAAAUGUUGCAUAUUAACAAUCUGUAAUUUCGAACUAUUAUUUCAACCGAAAGUGUAAUGUAUUAGAUCGUAUAUUUUCGGAAGAGAGCCCGAGAGUAUUUUCUCAAUUCUACGAAAGUGUAUGUGAUCAGGAAGCUCGAUUCGAAAAAAAAGUUCUAAGGAUCUUAAAUGUGUAUCUAUAGUUAUUUCGCGAGAUCCUCGGUGAUCGCGCGAGGCAAAGGUACUACGAUAGGAUAUCAACCUAUAAUGUUCCUCUAUUCUUUCGUUCCGCUCGUUGUUCAACGAGCGCGAGACGUGUAUAUGUAAAUCCCGUAAAAAGUUAGAACCAAACUGAUGGAUUUUUUAAUUAUACUGCGAUGCUAACAGUGGCGUAUUAACAUACACUCUAAAUUGUUUACUGAGAACGGGGCAGGUGAUGUAUUCUAUGUAAAGUGCUCACACACUGAUAUACAUAUACACAUAUUGUAGAGAAGCAGAGAGUUUAGGCUAUUUCAAUAUUGGUGACAGUGGGUGAACGGCGAAAGGGUGCGUUAUUGUAUAUAUAUAAAAAAAAAGAAAGAGAGGCAUACACAAUGAAAUUCAAAUUAUAUAUAUAGAUAGAUAUAUAAUGUUUCUUUGCAUUCCAAUGGAUCUCUGAGUACAACCGACAAAGUAUUCUGGGACGCUGCUCGUAACCCAUUACAGGCUGUUAUAAUCGUCCUUAAAUUUUAAGUCUUUCCUUAGUUGUAUGGUAUUGAGAGAGAAAUAUUGUAAAACGAUGAAAAGGAUAAAUUGUGUGUCUAUCGUCCGGCAUGACAAGAACAAAACUCGCCCAAGACAGGGCUUUAGAGUUCGUUUUGAAAAUAAUUAUACUUAUUUUCGCCAAAUCGAAUCCUUGAAUGAGAGUAAAGAGUCUUUUAAUGGGUUGGACACUAAUGUGUAAUCGCAGCAGCGUUCUCACCUAGCGAUAGGACCUCUAAUUAAAUAUACGAUUAAAGAUUUGAAAAUGGCAAACA